CGUCGAAAUUGCAAACGACAAGACGGUCGUCUUAUCAUCCAAGCAUCUCAGAAUGAAGGUCUUUGUGUCCAAUGUUGAUGGUCCUUUGGGACACAACGUCUCUCGGCUCCUUGCUACGACCGUUGUCGGUUCGCGCCGGGAAGAGGAACCCGAAGAAGAGGAAACCGACGAAAAUGAAGACAGGCCAAAGGAGGAGAAACCAAAGGAGAUCUACACAGUAGUGGGAACAAUGACUAGGCGAAAUGGAACGGCACCGGAGGAAACCGAUGAUUCGUUAGCCCAUCAACUGGUCCCGAUCGUGGAAACCGGUGAUAAGAAGCGAGAUGCCGUGCAAAAAGAGGCAAUAGAAAAGUUUGCGAUUGCUGGACAGAAACCAAAAUGGGUUACAGAAACUGUUCCGCGUGGAGACAGAACUCUGCUGAAAGAAACUCUUCUGUCCUGUGACGUGAUCAUUUACGACAUCAUCUCAUGCUUGGAUGAAGCUUCUUGGGCAAUUGAAAUGCUGGCGGAAGAGGCAGACAAUUUUGCGGAGAAGCCCAAGGUUUUCAUAGGAGUAACUAGCGUUAUGACCUGGGCACGGACGAAAGUAGACGCAGAGGACCCUGACGCUUUCCUCGCUGAAGACGAUUACCGACGACGGAAACCUCACCCAAACUUCAAGUCCCACAUUCUGGUGGAGAAGAAUAUUGUAAAACAUGGGAAAAAGAGCGCCCUGAAAACAUACGUAAUCGCCGCCGGCCUAGUAUACCACCCUGGUGACAGCAUCUUCCAUUUCCUGUUCAAGUCUGCCUGGCACAAUCAGGAUCUAGUGUGCUAUGGAGAUGGUGAUAAUGUCAUACCAACUAUAUCACUCGACGACCUGUCAAAUAUUAUCGUCGAGACAGUGGAAACUACUCCCGCAUCCAAGUAUAUGCUAGCUAUUGACGACUCAAAAAAUACUCUCUACGAGAUCACAAAGGCGGUUAGUGAUACCCUCGGCACCGGCAAAGUCAAAAAGCUUCCAAAAGAGGCGGCGCUAUUAAAUAAGGAUUUGCCGCAAAGCGAUUACGAUAUGCUGCUGGUCAAUUUACGGCUAGAUCCUGGGCAUAUUAAGGAGAUGUCUUUCGAAUGGAAAUACGAGAGCGGACUGGUCGAAAACCUCACGCAGUUCAUCCAAGAAUACAAAUAUGCGCGGGGACUUACUCCUCUGCGGAUCGUCGUUCAUGGUCCGCCAGCAUCAGGAAAGACUUUCUACGCCAACAAAAUAGCGCAACAUUACGAGAUCCACAUCAUUAAUGUCGAGAAAGUGGUUGAGGAGGCAAUCGCACGAUUAGAACGACGAGCUUCCGGACGUCUUACUCCCGACGAAGCUGAUGACGAUAUUGAUGCUGAUAAAGAGCUCUUCGAAGAGCUGAAAGAAGCUGCCCGAGCAAAUAAUGGGCGGUACCCGGAAGAGCACGUCGUAAAUUUUGUACGAGAGAAACUGCGUUCUAUGCCAUGUCGGAAUCAAGGGUACAUAUUGGAUGGGUACCCGACUUCAUUGGAUGAAGCAAGGGAACUAUUCAAGGCUGCCGACGAUGACGAUGCGAAGGAGGAAAGCAAAAUUCCAAAGAUAGAUGAGCUCAUCGGACCAGACAAGGUUAUCUCCUUGGACGCUUCCGAUGAUGUUAUCAAGGACCGCAUCAUGAACCUACCAGAGUCGGCAGUUGCAGGGACAAAAAAUUCUGAAGACGCAUUGACACGCAGACUAGAAGAAUUCCGUGCGAGCAACACUGACGAGAAUACUGUGCUAAAUUUCUUUGAUGAGCUAGAAAUUCAUCCCAUAAUUAUUUCGGUGGAGGCGAAUGAUGCGGAUGCCGUGAUGAGUAUUGUCACGAAAACCAUAGGGCGACCGCACAACUAUGGCCCUUCGCCGGAGCAAAUUGCGGAGAAGAAGCGAUUGGCUGAGGAAGCAAAGGCCAGAGAAAUAGCAGCUGCGGAAGAGGAACGACUAAAGAGGGAAAAGGAGGAGGCUGAAAGACAGAGCAAAGCUGUAGCCGAAUGGAAUUUAAAGCUCGAGGAAGUUCGCAAGCAAGAACAAGAAGUUCUCGAGGCCCAGUCUGUACCACUCCGCAACUACCUCAUGAAAUAUGUUAUGCCGACAUUAACAUCAGGGCUAAUUGAAGUGUGCAAAGUGCGACCUGAGGAUCCCAUUGACUACCUCGCAGAGUUCCUUUUCAAGCACAACCCUGGAAAUGCGUGAAAAGCAUGCAAAUGUCUUUUGUAGAAUUGUCUGUAAAACACUAUUGUUGAUAUCCUUGAUAAUUCAAUUGGCCUGGUUGCUAGCGUAAGCGUGGCUUGGAUUGCCAUGGCAAUAACACA